AUGGGCUCUAUAGACAGGAACGAGGCGGCCGUGUUCGACUAUAUUGUCGCGGGCGGCGGAACCGCGGGCGUGGUGACGGCGGCUCGGCUGACGGAAGAUCCCAACAUUAACGUCUUGCUGAUUGAAGCCGGGGCCGACCGCAGCAAGGAUCCCGCUGUGCUUUUGCCGGGCAUGCUUACUCAACUGUAUGGGAAGCAGGAGUACGACUGGAGUUUUCAUUCCGAGCCUCAGCCCCAACUUUACAACCGCACAAUCCAUCAACCCCGCGGCCGUAUGCUCGGUGGCAGCUCCGGCAUCAACUUUAUGAUGGCCGUCUUCCCUAACCGCAAGGGUAUAGAUGCAUGGGAAACGUUGGGUAAUGAGGGCUGGUGCUACGACACCCUAGAGCCUUACUACCGCAAAUUCUCAAAGACCCAGGCUCCCUCAGCCGCGACGGCUGCCAUCUGCCGCAUGACGACGGGAAAGAGCUAUGACCCGGCCAUCACGGAGGCUGAGACGGGGCCGGUGCAGAUGUCGUUUGUGGAUAACUUUAGCGCCAACAACUCGGCCUGGUUCGACACGCUUGAAAAGAUGGGCAUGGGUCCAGGCACGGACUUCCGCAGCGACGACACCAGGGGCGCCUACCAGUACGCUUCCAGUAUCGACAGCAAGACACACACGCGCAGCUUUGCCACGACGGCCUAUCUGACAGAGAAGGUGCGCGCACGUCCGAACCUGACCAUCUGGACGGAGACGGUGAUGACCAAGAUCUUGCUGGAGGGACGAGAGAGCACAGACUCAAGCAAUUCGACGACCGUGGCCACAGGCGUCCGUGUCCGCUCCGACAAGCCGGGAGAGACGGGCGAGCGCGACGUCUUGGCCAGAGCCGAGGUGAUUCUGGCUGCAGGCGCACUGCACACGCCUCAGCUGCUCGAGCUGUCGGGCAUUGGGCGGCGCAGUGUGCUGGAGCGCCACGGCACCCCCGUUGUGGUCGAGAACGAGAAUGUCGGCGAACAUGUGCAAGACCAUCCGCUGGUGCCGGGGAACUUUGAGGUGGCCGAGGGCGCCACAUCGACCGAUGUGUUUCGUGAUGCCAGCCAGAUCGAGACCACCUUGCGGCAGCACUUCCAGGCCAACGGAAGCAGCCCGCAGAACUACAACGUAUAUAGCGGAGCCUAUGUGCCCGUGGUCGAUGCCGACGGCCCGUUGUCGAUCGAGGCUCGCGAGGCGCUCUUCGACAAGUGUCUCUCGCAACAGGUGUCAGAGGCGGCACCGUCUGCUGGCGUGGCUGAGCUGCGGAACACCGUCAAAGACCUCCUGUGCCGUCAAGACCAGCCGGCCACACAGCUGGUCCUAUUCCCGGGUCGGAUCGAGCCAACUACUCGGCCAGCCACCGUUACCGACUACGUGACGCCUGUCCAGCCCGAGAACUACCUGACCUUUUUGACCUGUCUGGGCCAUCCGCUCUCGCUCGGCACCGUGCACAUUGCCUCCGACAAGGUCGAGGAUCUGCCUCUCUGGGACCCGUGCUACCAAGCAGAGAGCAUCGAUCUGGAAAUCGUCUCCCGCGCCCAACGCUUCCUCCACAACUUUGCCAAGCAGGAGCCGUUUGCGAGUCUUUUGAAACCGCUCGCCCAGCAGAAGCGCAUGCCCAAUAUCAUCUUCCGCAGCACUGACGACGACGACAGCCUUGAGCAGGCCCGCGAAGUCGUCCGGCUGUCGCAAAUGUCCAACUUCCACGUCUGUGGCAGCUGUGCCAUGCGGCCCAAGGACAAGGGCGGCGUCGUCGACUCCCGCCUACGCGUCUAUGGCGUGCCUAACCUGCGCAUUAUCGACGCCAGCAUCUUUUCCCCCUGGUGCCGCUCGGCAACAUCCAGACGACAGUCUAUGCCGUAG